AUGUCAGAAGUUUUAACGAAAAAAAUCUUGGUAUUGGGUAGUCGAUGGAGCGGCAAAAGUUUCCUAAUCAAACGUUUCGAAGAUCUUUGCUCCACAUCGAAGAUUUCUACUGACGAAUUCGUAUGUACGACAGCAACUCUCGGAAAGACAGUGACUCCGAUUAAAUACAAACGAAAUCAUACAUUCGAAUUGCAUGAACUUGGCGGAACAAUGAGUUGUUUGUGGAAAUCAAUUUAUACAAAACAAUUAAAAGAAAUCACCGAACAAAUACCGAUCAAACACAAGAACGUUUUGUUAAUUUUUAAUAAAACGAAUGAAAUCAAUUCGUUAACGAAAGCAGCAUUAAUGGAAUUACUCGAUAUCGAUACAGUUUGGAAUGGCGACAUUGACAUAAUCGAAACGAAUGCACGUCUUGGAACAAAUCUAACAGCCGUGUUGGAUUGGUUAACGCGAUAG